CAGUGGUCUCGCGCACGGGGAGGCUCCCAGUGUGCAUUGCGACUCGCUCCUCUCUCUCGCCUGUAAUCAUGGCGGACGUGGUGCGGCAGCAGCAGGAGGCAAAGCCCGAACAGGAGAAUCUUCUGAACGGGGACGCUGAGCUCGAGGAGAGAGAUGACGCGGAUCCUUCGGAAGAGUCUGCGAAGAAGAAGAAAAAGAAGAAGAAGAAGGGCAAGUCUGCCGCAGCUGGCAGCAACGAAGUGGAGGGCAGUGGUGUCAACAAUGGGCUAGGUGUUGUGACAAAACAACUGGAGAAACAAGCCCUAGAGGACAAAGAGAAAGAGGAGGAGGGAGAGGAUGAUGGAGACGAAGGGGAGAACUCGGCUGGGAAGAAAAAGAAGAAGAAGAAAAAGAAGAAAGGCCCUAAAGCACAGACUGAUCCUCCAUCCAUUCCAAUCUGUGAACUUUACACCAAUGGUAUUUUCCCUAAGGGGCAGGAGUGUGAAUAUCCCCCAGCCCAAGAUGGACGCAGUGCAGCCUGGCGCACCAGCAGUGAGGAGAAACGUGCUCUCGACAAGGCGAGUGAGGAGGUGUGGAACGAUUUCAGACAGGCUGCUGAGGCGCACCGACAGGUCCGGCAGUAUGUCAUGAGCUGGAUCAAGCCUGGGAUGACCAUGAUUGAGAUCUGUGAGAAGCUGGAGGAUUGCUCCCGGAAACUGAUUAAGGAGAAUGGACUGAGUGCUGGCCUGGCUUUCCCAACAGGAUGCUCGCUCAACAACUGUGCUGCCCAUUACACCCCCAAUGCCGGGGACCCCACUGUGCUGUCAUAUGACGACGUCUGCAAGAUUGACUUCGGCACGCACAUCAAUGGUCGAAUAAUUGACUGUGCCUUUACUGUCACCUUCAAUCCAAAGUAUGACAAGCUGCUGGAGGCUGUGAAAGAUGCCACCAAUACUGGAAUCAAGUGUGCUGGAAUCGACGUCCGCUUGUGUGACGUAGGUGAACAGAUACAAGAAGUGAUGGAGUCCUAUGAGGUGGAACUUGAUGGGAAGACCUACCAAGUUAAGCCAAUCCGAAACUUAAAUGGCCACUCAAUUGGGCAAUACAGGAUACAUGCUGGAAAGACUGUCCCCAUUGUCAAAGGUGGAGAGGCCACAAGAAUGGAGGAGGGUGAGGUCUAUGCCAUUGAGACAUUUGGGAGCACUGGGAAGGGGGUGGUGCAUGAUGACAUGGAGUGCUCUCAUUACAUGAAGAACUUUGACGUUGGACAUGUACCUAUUAGACUCCCAAGGGCUAAGCAUCUGCUGAAUGUGAUCAAUGAGAACUUUGGCACGCUGGCCUUCUGUCGCCGCUGGCUUGACCGCCUUGGCGAGAGCAAGUACCUGAUGGCGCUGAAGAACUUGUGUGAUUUGGGCAUUGUGGACCCCUACCCACCGCUGUGCGACACCAAGGGUUGCUACACUGCCCAGUUCGAGCACACCAUUCUCCUUAGGCCCACCUGCAAGGAGGUGGUCAGCCGGGGCGAUGACUACUGAGCCAUCGUAGCCAUUAAACCCUCUCCCCACCCAGAAACCGCAGUGUAAAGCAAAACAGUAUACAUGCUCUAAAAAAAGUGUUAAAAAAAAAUAAACAUUUAACAAGAGCUUGCUUCUUUCUCACUUUUCGCUUUGGCAGAGGGCAGCGGCAACAUCGCUGUAACAUUACUACAAAGCAAAACUUUGAGUUUGUGAGACCUUGAAGGAGAUAGAGCUGUGGCAGCCACUGGCCUGUCUUUUAGAAAAGUGAUUGAGAUAGUUUUGUUAUUUUUAAAAUGCGCAUAAUGGCGUUUUAGGUUAAUUUAAACAUGCGAUUCUCUUCGGGUGGUAUAAAACGUCAAAGCUGUAAGUUUGGCUUUUAAUGAAACGGGAAGGGCACUUUGAAAAAAGCUGCAGUCUGCUAAUACAUAUAUUUAUAUUUCCUUGAUAUUUCUAAAAUAUUUGAAAUGUCUGCCUCUAACUUCUGUGCCCUGUGAAGUACUUCAUUUUCAGUUCCCUGCAAUGUUUUUGUAGAAAAAUAAAAAAAUACACUUAAAUUUA